AUGGCCCGCUACCAGCGCAUGGCGAGCGAGAAGAAGCGAAAGCGUGCUGAGACUCAGCGCCGUUAUCGAUUGAGCCGCGAAGGUCGUAUUGCCAUGACACAAAUCGCGCUCGUUUCUCGCCAUACCGUGGCUAAAGUAUUUUCAGUGUUCAUCAAUUGUGCAUUUUGCAAAUAA